AUGAGCGUUGAUCUUACUACGUACGUACUGCAAGUUCCACCACAGCUGAACAGUUCUUCAACAACGCUCUGCUCGCUGUCAUUGGAACUGAAUCUGAGGAAACUGAAUUCAUGGAUUCGAGCGCCAUUCUCAACGAGCAGAUUGAUCCAUUCUGGCAACCUCUGA